ACACAAUACAAUUAUUUUUUGAUUAAUGGUCCCUUUCACUUCUUUCAGACGCAUCUUGUCUUCCAUUUACUAGAAAGCAUCUCUUGCACACACACACUUGCUAGACAUUCAUUUCAUUUUACUUCUCAUUAAGGAAAAGAGGAAUAGAGGUGACCAAGAACUUUGAGACAUCUAUAAACUUUGAGGGGCCAUGGGAAACUCACCGUCGACUCCUGGUCAGCCUGAGAACCCAAGCAGUAGCUCUGGCAAGAACAGUUCAACAACAACAGGCAAACAAAGUCAACAACUAACACACCUGGGAGUCCCAGCAGCAACAGGCUCAGCGUCAUCAACAACAAUAGCAGCAACUACAAACCCUACAGCUGGAUCCACACGUGGUUCUCACUCCAAUAUUCCAAUUCAAUCAGCAGUCAGGCCUACCCCAGCUCCUUAUAUGCCAACGACACAGCAUCGUCCUGCUCAACGCGCUCCUCUCCCUCCUCCUCCUCCUCCUCCCCCUAACCAGCAGUCGCCACAGCGGAGACCAGUUUCGCAAUAUAUCCCUCUCACAUCAUAUCAACCUUCCCAUAAUAAUAAUAGUAAUAAUCAGGCUCAAUCACAAUCUCGUCCGCCGUCAGGAACCCGGGGCCGGCAAAUAAGUGAACAAUCAACUCGCUUUACAGCGUCACAGUCAGAUGCACAGCCUGGAGACGAUGAAAUCCCUACUAUAGUGCUGCAAGAGCAGAUGGAGGCCAUGUUGAUUGAAAUCGCUACUACAGAAUCCAGGGUACGAGAGCUGCGAGAGGAGCUUGAUACGUUCCAGAGUCAUCCCAUCUUUAAGGAGAUGAUGGUCGUUUGGUUGGUAUCCCUCUCGCCUGGUGACUACUCUCUGCAACAGCUAGAUAAGCUCAAGCAGAAUGCGCUCACUACUUGGAAGCCUGUCCUUAAUACAUUUAUUCAGGAUAACUCGAGUGGUCGGAAGUUGAGUGAGAUUGACGUGCGGCUCUUCGACACUAUUAUUCAGGACGUAAUUUCUCAUGCUGAUAUGAUAGCCGGAUCAACAAUGGGACCGGAAGAGUUGAUUCAAAAUCUUAUUCAAAUCGCCCACUCUGAACUAGAGAAUGCUCGCAAAUCUCUAGAGCGGAACAGGAAUGCUUUUCAGGAGUGUCAGCUAACGUUACAGGCUCGUGGAGUUAUUCCUGAGGCUGUUCUAGAGAUGCAACGCCAGAUGGAAGAGGAGCAACGAAAGGAACAGGAGGCUAAACGAGUUAAGGAACAGCGACAACGAGAGCUAGAGCAACGCCUGCGAGAAGAAGAGCGGAUAAAGGAUCUGGAGCUACAGCGUGAGCGUGCUAGACGGUUAGAAGAACUUGAAGAGGAGCAACGGAGAAGAGAUGAAGCUCGCCGAAUAAAUCAAGAGGAAGUCCGUAAGAAUCAAGAAGAAAUGCUUCGAAUGCUCGAAGCCAAAUCAGGCCGAUUAACUUCGACAUCCAUGGCACAGUCAAAUAGCCAAGCAACUAACCAUGUCAUUGGACGACCCAAAGCAAGUUCAGUGUCGGUGCCAGAUGCCCCUCCUGAGUAUAGCGCCUCUUCCUAUACAAAAAAGGGCCAUACAGAGCCUCCAAUGCCUUUUGGCAUCAGUUUCGCGGAAGAGGAGAUUGUGGUGGCAGAUCAGGAGCCAGGGGCAACAGAGCUUGGUACUUCCACAGAAACCCUUGACUCAAAUUAUUUAGGGAAGCCAGUCGGAUAUCCGCCUGCUGUAGAUGAUCAGGAGGUGCCAUCAACGCCACUGCUCCGACGACCACGGCCUUAUGCGAUAACGCCAGGAGAGAAUACAGUAAGGAUGGCUGUAGCUCCAGAAAGGUUUCAGUAUGCUUCCCAUGCCCACACCGAUGCACCGCAGCAUUCAGAAGUUCAACACCUAGAUCACCCUACACCAUAUCCGCCAAUGCCGGCACCGAUGGUAGGACAAGGAUUAGACCCAGUUCAUAUGCCUAUGCCUCGACCCUAUAUUCCUGACUACAACCAACACGAGUAUGGUUCAGACCAGGGUCAUAGCCAGAGUGCAGGUCAGGCGCGCGAGUUACCUCGAAGCAUGCCAAAGCCAGAGCUCUAUCCGCCACAGAUUAUCACUGACCAGGAGCUGAAUGACCGAUUACGCCUCGAGCAACUUAAGAAGGAGAAUGAAGAGAUGGGGCGCGAGCUUCUCCGCGGACAGGAGCGGAAUCGACGACAUACCAUGAUAAUUCAAAAUUUGGAAUUGCAGGGCCAAGGGUACUCGCAGUUCUCUUCACUAGGCCCUCCUCUGGCAACCCAUGGUAACACAUCCGAUGAAUACCAGCAUUUCCAGAGUCAGUAUCCAGGCCAUCCUGAGUACACAGCAUACGCGCAUCAACAGCAGCAACAACAACAACAACAACAGCAGCAUCAGGAACAGCAUCAGGAGCAGCAGAAAAUAGGCUUUAUACCUCAGUUCCAACACCAACAUCAUCAGCAGCAGCCAGGCUUUCCACAUCAUCCUUCGAAUCAACAAUUAUACCAGUCAUACUGUUCUGGCUAUGCUUCUGACCCUAAUGCACCUUCGUUUAAAGGUUCCGUUAUAAAUGGUGGGCAAGAUCAGCCUCUGGAUCAAGCUGACUAUUAUACUUUUCAGUCAUAUGGUGGCUAUAGCAACCAAAUAACGUCAGGAGCAAUAGCUAACUGGCAACAGCAACCUGGAUUUGUAUAUCAACAGCAACAUCCAUAUCACCCAAGCCUCUCACCAGCUCAGCAGCAGCAGCAGUACGUACUCAGCCUGCAGCAACAACAACAGCAGUCUCCAACAUACCAACACGACGGCUAUGUAGAUGGAGGGCCGCAUCAAACUCAUGCACAUGUGGCGCAUACAACGUCGUCCUAUGUUAAUGAAGAUAACUUUGUUCCUACAAUUUCUCCUUCAAUUUCUCUUCCAACAACAACAGCAGCAAUAGCGGCAUCGCCAAUAACACCAGCGGCAACAAUAGCAACGGCAACAAUGCAGUUAAUAUCAACGAUCCCUACGCCCACAAGCCAUGAUGAGCCCCUACCAAAGAUAUCAGCAAAGCUUACCCCUACAAGCCCUGACAAGCCUCUACCAAAGAUACCAACAAAGUCUGCCUCCGCAAGCCUUGAUGAACCUCUACGCGAAAACGAUGCGAGUUCAGCAGAUGUUUUGCCACAGAUCAGAGCUAACCCUAUCAAGGUCCCUAUUCGGCGUGCUCCCCAUGCUAUCCUGACGGAAGAGCAAUUGAAAUUAGCAGCAGCAGCAGCAGCGGCCGAAGUAAAUGAGGCUGAAGAGCAGACGGUGCCAGCGCAGGACCCCCCUUCCACAUCCACAUCUACGUCCACUCCUGCGUUGAAAGUUGCCGCUGAAACACCUGAGCAACCGAGCGAGGAUCCCGUGAAGGAGCAUGAAGCACCCACUAAUCAUGGUGGAGACAUAGGGACCGGACCCACGAAGUGGAAUCAAGAGCAGCAUCAUAAGGCGCAACAGGGCGCAACAGGAUAUAAUAAAGAGGAUGAAGAAGAUGAAGAGGAGACACUUCAACGCUCAGUAGGCAAAAUACGCAUCACUCCUCGUUCGACCCCAAUUCGUACCAUCCCAGCAUUAAUACCCAAACCAAAUCAAGCCGCUAGCUCCGCUACAGCUUCUUCAUUGGACUCAACGGCUACUUCAGUUCCUUCGCCUUCGCGAUCACCAGCACCCACUUUAUCAUCUAAUCAGCAAUCUGUUAAAAGGAUCAGCCAGGUUUUUGCACCCUUUCCUGGUCAGCGGCCCGCGCCCCGCGUAACACCCCGCCCUGCGCCGCGCCCCGCCAUCGGGGGUAUGGCUAAGGCUUCACAAGGCUCAUUGUCAGUCGCUGAUCAAACCGUCCUUGAUACAACAAGCAGUAAUGGUAACUCACAAACUGAUAGCCAAGGAUCUGAUUCUCAUCCUCCUGAGCCACCUAGCUCAUCGCCACCAGUUCAGAAUACACUGUUAGCUCGGUCACCCAGUAGCCCCACUAGCUCCUACUCGUCUGGGAGCUCACGACCAGCGGUGCCAAAGAAACCAUUGGCACUUCGGAGCCCACGUAGCCCGACGACCGAACAGACGGUGGCAACAACAGUUGUAGCAGAAUAGAUGAAAUAAAAGCGUGUCACAUAUUUUAUCACGUG